AUGGAGCCGCCCUCUCAGAGCUUCCUGCUCCAGUCCGCGGGGAUACAGUGCCGGGUGAAGCAGGAGCCCGACGAAGGUUGGGGGUCGCCCGAGUUCUUGACGGUCGUGCAGAUCUCUGACGGGAGGCUCGGAAACCCGGACGCGCCGUGGGAAGAGGCGGACGCUCCCAUUGAGGGGACUGGGAAAAAGCAACGGGCGGUGUGCGUUCCAGGCCUCAAAGGGGAUUCGGAGCAGAUGUAUACUACCGGUAAGUGCCCAGUUCAAGGUCUUACAUAAUAAUAAUAAUAAUAAUAAUAAUAAUUAUAAUAAUAAUAAAAAUGAUAAUAUAUUAUUUAUACCCCACCCAUCUGGCUGGGUUUCCCCAGCCACUCUGGGCGGCUUCCAACAGAACACUAAAUACAAUAACCUAUUAAACAUUAAAAGCUUCCCUAAACAGGGCUACCUUCAGAUGUCUUCUGAGAAGGCCCUCUGCCUGGUUCCCUGUAACUUGGCUUCCCGCAGUGAGGGAACUGCCAGAAGGCCCUCAGAGUUGGACUUCAGCGUCUGGGCAGAAUGAUGGAGGUGGAGACGCUCCUUCAGAUAUAUUGGACCGAGGCCGUUUAGGGCUUUAAAGGUCAGCACCAACACUUUGAAUUGUGCUCGGAAACGUACUGGGAGCCAGUCUAGGUCUUUCAAGACCGGUGUUAUGUGGUCUCGGCGGCCAUAGGAUUGUAGAGUUGGAAGGGACCCCAGGGGUCAUCUAGUCCAGCCCCCCGCCCCUGCACUGCUGUUUAUCUACAAAGCAGAUCACUGUGAUCUGUGGGGCAACUUCCCCUUCAACACCCAAAGAUCUCAGAAAGCUUUUCCACUGUGACGCUGGGCUUUUAGCGUGGAUGCCCCUGUUCUGUGGAGCAGCAUUAUUGUCAAGAUACGAUGGGUGCCCACUCUCUGCCCUUUCCGGAAACUUCCGUUUUGAAAGGUUCUGGAUAAACGAUUGUCUGCCGUACAUAUUGGGGCUAGAAUAACAGCUUACAAAUGGAAGUCGAACAGAAGCUCCUGCAGCCAAUCGGAAGCCCUGUCAGACGUUCGGCUUCCAAAAAUAGUUCGCAAGCUGGAACAGUCACUUCCAGGGUUGCGGCAUUCGGGAGCCAAAACGUGUGAGAACUAAGCUGUCAGAUGCUGGUGGUGGUUGCUCGUGAGUAACCAGGCAGGACUCCGACCUGUCUUUUACAGUUUUUAUUGUGCAAACUAUUUACAGUGCAGAUCCACAGAGUUCAUGUCCGUCUUAGUCACUUGCAGAAUCUGGGAGUGGCCCCUUCCGGUUUCUCCCCCAACGUAAGAACUCAGGCACCCCAAGCCUCCUCCUCCCCCCCUUGCGAAGGGGGCAGGCAUCUCUCCUGGCCAGCCUGGCCUGGUGAGGCGCUGGGGCUCUCAGCAGCAUCCUCAAGCCCUUUCCUCACCUGGCUGGCCCCUUCCCUCUCUUCUCCACUGGAGGUGUGGCUUUCCCCACCGCUGGAAGAGGAACUGCUCCUCAGGAGUUUUGGAGGCUCUCUGUAUCCCAACGGCCCCCCUGCCUCCCUCCCCUGUUCCGAUGGCAGUCCCCUCACAUAAGCCGUUCGAAAACUAAGGCACAACUUGUAAUGCUUCUCUCUUUGUUGGACUAGAUGUUGACAGAGCAUCUCUGCAAGCCUACGAGGGCCACGAUGGAGAACGGGCGCCAGUGAAGGAAGAGGCCAUUUGCGAGUCGGAUGCCCUGGAGGCAGAGGCCUACCGCCAGUGUUUCCGGGCCUUCCUCUACCAGGAGGCCGAGGGGCCGAGGGAGGCAUGCCGGCAACUCUGGGAACUUUGCCGGCACUGGCUGAAGCCGGAGAGGAACACCAAGGGGCAAAUCCUGGAGCUGCUGAUCCUGGAGCAGUUCCUGGCCAUCCUGCCUCUGGAGAUCCAGAGCUGGGUCAGGGAAGGCACACCAGAGACCUGCUCCCAGGCGGUGGCCCUGGCCGAGGAUUUCCUCCUGAGGCGGGAAGAGGCGGAGGAGAGACAAGGAAAAGAGGUGAGGACGAGAUCAGGAGGGAGACACCAGUGAUACCUUAGCGUGGCAGUAGGGCAUUUACCGUAUUUUUCGCUCUAUAAGACGCACUUUUUCCCUCCUAAAAAGUAAGGGGAAAUGUGUGUGCGUCUUAUGGAGCGAAUGCAGGCUGCGUGGCUAAGCCAGAAGCCAGAACAGGGAGAGGGAGCGCUGCGCAGCGCUCCGUCACGCUGUUCUAGCUUCUGGCUUAGCUGCGCUCCCUCUAGCUAUCCUGGCUUUUGGAUAGCCCCCGCGAAGCCUCUGUAGGGCAGCGGGACGAAGGCUCCCCGCUGUCCUGCGGAGGCUUCGCGCGGCUCUUGCAGGAAGUGGGGGGAAGGGACAGAGCGUGCGACUCUGUCCCUUCCCCCACCUCCCAGAAAAGCCCCCAAGAACCGCACUCCCUUUAAAGAGCGCGCGGUUCUUGCAGGAGAUGGGGGAAGGUACUGAGGGCAGCUUACCCGCACAUAGCCUCUUCCGGGCAGGGGGAGCCUUCAUCCUGCUGCCCGGGAGAGGCUUCAGUGGCAAUCCCAGAAGCCAGAACAGCAAGAGGCUAUCCCAGAAGCCAGAUCCCUCUUGCUGUUCUGGAUUCUGGGAUUCAGAAUCCCCCCCCCUUGUUUCCUCCCCGCUAAACUAGGUGCGUCUUAUUGUCUGGUGCGUCCUAUAGAGCGAAAAGUACGGUAAUUUGUGUGCAGAAGGUCCCAGGUUCAAUCCUAAGCCUUCAGGUAAUGUCCCCUGCCUGAAACGGUGGAGAACUGCUGCCAGUCAGUGUAGACAACACUGUGUUAGAUGGUCUCCCUUGGUGUGACACAGCUUCGCCCGUUCCUAGUCCUUUGCAGGGGAGCCCACAGCUCAGCAGUAGAGCACCUGUUUUGCAUGGACACAGUUUCUAUUCAGUCCCCAACAUUUUUCAGGUAAGGCUGGGAGAGAGGCCAUGUGAAACCCUGGAGAGCUGCUGUCAGUCAGUGCAUGCAGUACUGAACUAGAUGGACCAAUGCCCGGCUUUGGAUUCUGACUUAAAUCCGGCUGCUUUCAGGUGCUGCUUCAUCAGGUGUCUGCCAGUCUCCCGGAAUCAGAUGGAGCUCCGUUGGGUAUUGAAGCAAAACAGCUUUUCAGGGAACCUAAGCAGGAGGAGGAGGAGGACGACGACGACGACGAAGGCACCGAAACUGGGGGUGAGGAUUCCUUUGUGUUGUCCCUCUUCUGGCAUAGCCUGAGUGGUGGAUAUGCCCUCGUGCCACUCUUUUCAAACACUGUUGAGCAUGGCUUAGGGCCCUCAUAUCUACAGGACCGCCUCUCCUGGUCUGCCCCGCAGAGGACCUUAAGGUCCAUGAAUAACCAUAGUUUAGAGGUCCCGGGCCCUAAGGAAGUCAGACUAUCCUCCACCAGGGCCAGGGCCUUUUCAGUGAUGGCUCCGACCUGCUGAAAUGCUCUGUCCCAUGAGACUAGGGCCCUUCAGGAUUUAACCUCCUUUCAUCAGGCCUGUAAGACAGAGCUAUUCCGCCUAGCCUUUAAUUUGAAUUCAGCCUGAUCUUUUAUUUCCCUUCUCUUCCCUCCCCCUCCCCUUUUAUGAAGAUCACCCACUCUGAGACCUCACAACUAAUUCUUCCCUGGCCUCCUCACUGGCCCAAGUAGGACCAAUUCAGCCAGCUAGCCCUGGGGGUUAUCUAAUGCUUAUUUCCCCUAAAUUGAUUUUUGAUUUUUGAAUUUUAUUGUUAUUCAUGUUUUUAUACUGUAUUUUAUGCUGCUUUUAUAAUUAAGGGUUUUAAAUAUGUUGUUAGCCACCCUGAGCCCGGUUUUUGAACCAGGAAGGGCGGGGUAUAAAAUUUUUUAAUUAUUAUUUAUUAUAGUAGAAGUGGGCUGUGCAUAGCAUGGAUUGGCUGGCACCUGUGACGUCUCAAACCCAUUUCCCUUCCCCGUUCCUAGAGCAGUUUCACAAUCUGGGCCUGGUUUUGCCAAGUGGGCCUGGUCUGGAAACUCCAGCUAACGCAGAAUGUGGUGGCUAGACUUCUGCUGAGUGGGGAGGGAGAAGCAGAUGGCCAAGAAAUAUGUGGCACCACUGUUAAAACAUCUGCACCCCUUGCCUACCUGCUAUUGAGCCAGGUUGAAGAUCCUUGUAUUCAUUUACAAAUCCCCCAAAAACUUGUGCCCAGGAUACCUUAGUGACCACCUGAAUCUUUAAGACCAAGCUCGACUGUGAAAUUGGGGGUGGGGGGUGGGGGGGACGUCAACAAGAAGCCAAAGCUUUGGUGGUAUUUGCUCAGCUUUUCUGAAUCCAACAGAAAUCCUGCAGGCAUCUUCAGUAACUGCUAAAUGUUUCUUGACAGUUUUUUUUUCUAAACACAGUCAUACCUCGGGUUGAAUACACUUCGAGUUGAGUGCGUUCGAGUUGUGCUCCGCGGCAACCCGGAUGUAAUGGAGCGUGUUACUUCCGGGUUUCGCCGCAUACGCAGACACUCAAAAUGAGGCCACGCGCAUGCGCAGAAGCGGCGAAAAGCGACACGUGCGUGCACAGACAUGGCGUCGCUAGUUAUGUUUACCUCUAGAUGCGAACGGGACUCCGGAACAGAUCCCGUUCAUAUCUAGAGGUACCACUGUAUUGCUAGACUAAUGCAGACGGUUAAGAAAAGGAAUCAUUUCCAUAACAGUGGCUUUACAUUUCAUACUUGGCUUUUAUUGUGUUUAUAUUUGCCACAAUCUCCUUUGUUGUUUCUAAUGGCAUGUCUCCCCAAAAAGCCCUGUUAUUGUGUGGCCUCUUUUGGGUGGGCCCAAAGAGAAGGGCCUCUGAUGAAGACUGCCAGGUCUGGGCUGGUUCAUAUAGGGAGAGGCCGUUUUGAGGAACUGUACAGGACCAAAAGAGGUGCAGAAUUUGUGAACAUAAAUAAUGUGGUUUUCCCCCCCUUUUUGUUUAAAAUAAAUAACAACGGCAAGUGGCUAGUCCAUAAGGAAGUAUGGGUUUCAUUGGCGCUCGAUGCAGGAUUUUGUCGUUUGUUUUGUACUUGCAAAGAAUUUUGGGUCAUGGCCUAACAUUGGGUUUGAGCAUAUUACACCGAUCCUGGUCCGACUGCACUGACUACCUAUUAGUUUCCGGGCCCAAUUCAAAGUGCUAGUUCUGACCUAUGAAGCCUUAAAUGGCUCAGGACCGCAAUUCCUCAAGGACUGCCUCUUUCCAUAUCAACCUGCCUAGACUCCGAGAUCAUCUUCUGAGGCCCUUCUUUGUAUGCCUCUUCCUCAAGAGGUCCAGAGGGUGACAAUGUGAGAACAGGGCCUUCUCUGCAGUGGCUCCCUGUCUGUGGAAUGCUCUCCCCGGGGAAGUUCACCUGUCGCCUUCAUUAUACACCUUUAGGCACCAGGCAAAAACAUUCCUUUUUAACCAGGCCUUUGGUUGAUCUGUUUGACAUCCUAUACCCUUUUAAAAUGUGGCUCUUUUCAUGGGGGGGCAUUAUUGUGUUGUUGUUUUUAUUCUUAUAUCUUAUAUGUUGCGAUCUUUUCUGUGAACCAUCCUGAGACCUCCCAGUACAGAGCUGUAUAUAAACCCUAAUAAUAAUAAUAAUAAUAAACAGCCUCAGUCCAGUUUACCUGAAGGAUCAUCUCCACCCCCCAUCUUUCUGUCCGGACACUGAGGUCCAGCACCAAGGGCCUUCUGGCGGUUCCCUCACUGCGAGAUGCCAUGUUACAGGGAAGCAGGCAGAGGGCCUUCUUGGUAGUGGCACCCGCCCUGUGGAACGCCCUCCCACCAGAUGUCAAAGAGAAGAACAACUACCAGACUUUUAGAAGACAUCUGAAGGCAGCCCUGUUUAGGGAAGCUUUUAAUGUUUAAUAGGUUAUUGUAUUUUAGUGUUCUGUUGGGAGCCGCCCAGAGUGGCUGGGGAAACCCAGCCAGAUGGGCAGGGUGUUGUUGUUGUUUAGUCGUGUCCGACUCUUCGUGACCCCAUGGACCAGAGCACGCCAGGCACUCCUGUCUUCCACUGCCUCCCGCAGCUUGGUCAAACUCAUGCUGGUAGCUUCGAGAACACUGUCCAACCAUCUUGUCCUCUGUCGUCCCCUUCUCCUUGGGCCCUCCAUCUUUCCCAACAUCAGGGUCUUUUCCAGGGAGUCUUCUCUUCUCAUGAGGUGGCCAAAGGAUUGGAGCCUCAGCUUCAGGAUCUGUCCUUCCAGUGAGCACUUUAAGAACAGUGAUUUCCUUAAGAAUGGAUAGGUUUGAUCUUCUUGCAGUCCAUGGGACUCUCAAGAGUCUCCUCCAGCACCAUAUUUCAAAAGCAUCAAUUCUUCGGCGAUCAGCCUUCUUGAUGGUCCAGCUCUCACUUCCAUACAUCACUACUGGGAAAACCAUAGCUUUUACUAUACGGACCUUUGUUGGCAAGGUGAUGUCUCUACUUUUAAGAUGCUGUCUAGGUUUGUCAUUGCUUUUCUCCCAAGAAGCAGGCGUCUUUUAAUUUCGUGACUGCUGUCACCAUCUGCAGUGAUCAUGGAGCCCAAGAAAGUAAAAUCUCUCACUGCCUCCAUUUCUUCCCCUUCUGUGGUUGACACAGUCAGAGGCUUUUGCAUAGUCAAUGAAGCAAAAGUAGAUGUCUUUCUAGAACUCUCUAGCUUUCUCAAUAAUCCAGCGCAUGUUUGCAAUUCGGUCUCUGGUUCCUCUACCCCUUCGAAAUCCAGCUUGCACUUCUGGGAGUUCUCGGUCCACAUACUGCUUAAGCCUGCCUUGUAGAAUUUUAAGCAUAACCUUGCUAGCGUGUGAAAUGAGUGCAAUUGUGUGGUAGUUGGAGCAUUCUUUGGCACUUCCCUUCUUUGGGAUUGGGAUGUAGACUGAUCUUCUCCAAUCCUCUGGGCGGGGUAUAAAUAAUAAACAAAUUAUUAUUAUUAUUAUUAUUAUUAUUAUUAUUAUUAUGUUUGCCUGUUUUAUGUGUUUCAGCAGGUUUCAGUUGGGCUCAUGACGAUGAGGAAGAGGAGAAGGAAGAGAAGCCAUGUCUGGGGGGCCCUGAGCAAAUGGAGCCGCAGGGUUUGUCCAGAGAAAGACUUUCCUGGUGCGAGGAGAAUGGAGGCAUUUCUGCACAUCAGCCCGACUCAGAGCAGAAGACCCACCGUGGAAAACGACCAGGCAGCUCCCUUCCUCCUUGGGGAGGUGACGAGGAUCUUGGCGGAAGUGAAGAGGAGAUCCUCCAGCCCGAAGAAGAAUGUUCAUGCGUUCUGGGCGAGAAGACCCUUGGUCACAUUUGCCACCCGAGGAUCCACCCGGGAGAGAAACCACACAGUUGCGCGGUGUGCUCGAAAACCUUUGCGCCGAGAUCUGGGCUGGUUGCCCACGAGAGGACGGCGCACGCAGGAGAGAAGUCCUAUCCCUGCCUGCACUGCGGGGAAAGCUUUGACACGAGCUCCCAUUUCACCUGGCACUUGCGGAGCCACGCUGGGGGGAAGCCGUACGAAUGCUUCAAAUGCGGGAAGAGCUUCCACAGCAACCACUCCUUCGCCGGCCACCUGCGGAGCCACGUCGGGGGCGAGCCCUUUGAGUGCCUGCGCUGCGGGAAAAGCUUCGCCGCCCGCUCAGAUCUGACCCGGCACGCGGGCGAGAAGCCCUAUCAGUGCUUGGAUUGCGAGAGGAGCUUCGGCCAGAACUCGCAGCUCGCCGCCCGUCGGCGGGCCCACGCGGGAGAGAAACCUUUCACGUGCGGCGAGUGCGGGAAGAUCUUCAGCCGCAGCUCGCACCUCCACGGGCACCAGAGGAUGCACUGCAGCGAGAAGGCGCACAAGUGCCUGGACUGUGGGAAGACCUUCAGCGGGAGGUCGCACCUGAACCGGCACCAGAGGAUCCACACGGGGGAGAAGCUCUUCAAAUGCUUGGUGUGUGGGAAGAGCUUCUGCAUGAACUCAGACCUGGUGGCGCACGAGAGGAUCCACACGGGGCACAAGCCGUACAAGUGCGCCGACUGCGGGAAGAGCUUCAGCCAGAAGCAACACCUAACCAGCCACCAGAGGACCCACACGGGCGAGAAGCCCUACGUCUGCCUGCACUGCGGCAAAGGCUUCAGCGUCAGCUCCAACCUCAACACGCACGAGAGGACGCACACCGGCGUGCGGCCCUUCAAGUGCUCCGACUGUGGCAAGAGCUUCAGCCAGAAGUCGCACCUCAUCGGCCACCAGAGGAUCCACACGGGGGAGAAGCCCUACCUGUGCGUGGACUGCGGGAAGAGCUUCAGCUCCAGCUCAAACCUCAUGGCGCACGCGAGAACCCACAGUGGGGAGAAAGCAUAGGGUCCUCUGGGAGGGCCGCCGGAAAUACAUUGGCGCCUCGGUUUUUGAACGUCUCUGUUGACAAACAUUUCAGUUUUUGAACGCCGUAAACCCAGAAGUAAAUGCUUGGGUUUUCGAACACGCCUGGGAAGUUGAACAUGCCACACAGCUUCCGCUAAGUGCAAAAUCCUGAGGCCUAAAAAGGUAAAGGUAAAGGGACCCCUGACCAUUAGGUCCAGUCGUGACCGACUCUGGGGUUGUGGCGCUCAUCUUGCUUUAUUGGCAGAGGGAGCCGGAGUACAGCUUCUGGGUCAUGUGGCCAGCAUGACUAAGCUGCUUCUGGCGAACCAGAGCAGCGCACGGAAACGCUGUUUACCUUCCCGCAGGAGCGGUACCUAUUUAUCUACUUGCACUAUGACGUGUUUUCGAACUGCUAGGUUGGCAGGAGCUGGGACCAAGCAACGGGAGCUCACCCCGUUGUGGAGAUUCGAACCGCCGACCUUCUGAUCGGCAAGUCCUAGGCUCUGUGGUUUAACCCACAGCACCACCCGCGUCUCUAUCUGAGGUCCCAUCCUAAGGCCUAGCUGUCGGCUAUUGAGUUUUCAGUUUUAAAACGUUUCAGAACUCGAAUUGUCUUCCAAAACGGAUUACGUUCGAAAACCGAGGUACCACAGUGAAUCCGAUGGGCAAGGGGUCUCGGUCAAGUAAACGCCCCGCUUUCAGCAGCACUCAUUCCACCGGCUGCCGUUCAGAGACAGCCUCUAGACAUGUCCUCCAUGAAUUUGUCUUGCCCCAUUUUAAAGCCGUCGAAAUUUGGCCUCCUAUGGGAGCAGAUGUCAUAGCUGAACUCUGUGGUGGGACCAAGUACCUCUUUUUGUCUCUCCUGAACCUCCCGACGUUCACCUUCAUUAGGAUAGAGGAAGCGACCGCAUCCCAAGUCAGACCAUUGGUCUACUUAGCUCAAGACUGUCUACACUGACUGGCAGCCGCUCUCUGAGAAGUUUCAGUAGGGGGUUCUCCUCCUGCCUUCCCGGAAGAUGCUAGGGAUUUUGAACCUGUGAUUUUCUGCCUCUGGUUUAUAUUUACUCUCAAGAAUUCGAAUCCGCAUUCUCCCAAAUAGAAUUCCCUUUUCCUUGUACCACCACCCCGAUAUUCCCAAUGGGCGAUAUUGUAGGAUUUGGGGAUCUUAGGGGUGGGUUGGAGGGGGGGAAACUAAAGAUAUAAAGGACUGUGUAUGGCAUGUUGGUACUCAGCUGUUGGUGACUUGUAAGGCAAUAAAAACUAAGACAGAAGAGGGCGAAGGUUGAUCUCUGAUGCCCCCAGACACAGCCUUAGAUCUUACCAGCGAGGAAAUUUCAGCUGAGCAUUAUGAGAAACCCGAUUCCACACAGGCUGCUCUUUUAUCACAGGGACAUUCUGCAACCCGACACAUUCAACGUGCGUUCUGCAGCCUGCCAAUAAUAGUGCAAUUGGCAAGGAUUUAUACUGGACUGUCCACACA